AUGUCAAAAACCAACAACAAUCUGAAAGUAGGUGGUUACAACCUCGAUGACGCCGUGUCCCUAAACUCCGAGUAUGACGAAGAUGGUGACCUGAACUCGGUGUCACGCAAAGAAGGACAUUUCAAACGUUUCCGCCGGUGGUUUCACACAUUCUCGGUCGGGACGCGUAGUCUUCUUUAUAUUUUCCCGGGUUUGGCUGUGUUCGCUGUUUUUGCCGUGUUGGGGUACCUUGUUUGGAACAAAACGAAUAUAGCGGAUGUGCCACUUCAUAUUUGGGCGAUUUGGUUGGGAGUGUGCUGGUUCGCGUUGUUUGCAUCGAGAUUUGUAGUGUUUUUAGUUCCGUAUUUUUUGGAAUGGAUACUCGGGCAUAUUACAAGUCGCGUAAAACGUUAUAUGGAAUUUAUCCGUCAUUUACACUACUAUAUCUCGUUAUGCGCAUUUUUAUGUGUCGCAUUUUUAAGUUUUGUUCCGAUUAUGGUGGGAUAUAACGCUAAAGGAGGCGUUAUGACCGAUUGGCAAUAUACAACGAACAGAAUACUUGCCGUGUGCUUUAUCGCCUCGGGAAUCAUUUCCUUUGAAAAACUUUUAUUACAAGUGGUCGCCGUAAAAUUCCACGAAACUACAUACCAGGAAAGAAUUGCGAACAACAAAUACCAAGUCUCAGUGCUGACAUCUCUUUAUGCUGCAUCGAAAAAAAAGCUUCAGCAGUCGACAAACGAAAUGAUAUUGCCAAGAUCCGAUUCACAUGGUGCACAAAACAUCAAUUUCACAAAAAUCAUAUCGCAGACGAAAAAUGCGUUGGAGAAGACAACGUCGGCGUUAGGUCAAAUCGCGUCCGAGAUUACAGGGCAUCAGUUUGACAGCACCCUAAAUUCUUCGGAAGUCUCUGUCCUAAAUUACCUACAAACAGGACAUGACGCACGUGUACUGGGACGACGAUUAUUUCGUUCUUUUUGUAAUCCGAAACGAAAUCAUCUAGUAUUUGAGGAUAUUUGUGAUUGCUUUCCAAAUCAGGAGGCUGCCGAAAAUGCUUUCUUUGUCUUUGAUAAAGAUGGAAAUGGAGAUGUAAGUAAAGAAGAGAUUCUUAUCGUUUGUGUUGAAACGUACAAGGAACGAAAGGCUAUUGCUGCUUCUAUGAGAGAUUUAGAUAAUGCAGUUGGCAAAUUAGAUUCGAUUCUGAUGGUUGUGAUUUAUUUUGUCAUUAUUUUGCUGUUCGUCGCGUUCUUGGACGUCUCAUUUCAAACAUACAUUGCCACAGCCGGUUCUAUUCUAUUGGCACUGUCAUUUAUGGUUGGAUCGAGUGCUCAAGCUCUUUUCGAAUGUAUCAUCUUUUUGUUUGUUAAACACCCGUUUGACGUUGGCGAUCGUAUUGAGAUAGAAGAACAGGGAUACAUUGUUAAAGAAAUGUCGUUACUCUCAACUGUUUUGACACAAGAUGACGGCAAGAUCGUUCAAGCUGCUAAUAAUCUAUUGGCACAGAAAUUAAUACAGAACAUCAGGAGAUCAGGGCAUAUGCGCGAUGAGGUCUUGAUCGAAGUAGAUUUCUACACAUCACUCGAACAAAUCGAAGCUUUACGCGAAAGAAUGGUAACCUAUUUGGAAGGUGAAGAUCGUGACUUUUAUCCAACUCUUGAACUGACCGUCGAAAAAAUGCCAAAGUGUCGACAGCUGGUUAUAAAAAUCUCGGUCGAACAUAAAUCUAAUUGGCAGGAUGAAGGAGUUACUUGUCGUCGGAAGAAUAAGUUUAUGUGUCAACUUAAGAAUCUGAUAAUAGACCUUGAUAUACAAGGACCUUUCGCUGGACCAAAAUUACCAAUUGAAAAAAUGGUGUUGCCUGCUCGUCCGCUUCGUAUUCACCCGAUAAAACAUGACGCGAUGUCACCAAAGACAGACUUCACAUUAGGCGCAAAGAGUGAUGUGUUUGAUGUCGAAGACAAAGAAACAAUGAUGCGCAAAACAUCCGUUCGAAGACGCAGAACUAAAAAGAACGUCUUUGGUAGUGACGAAGAAGAUGAGCAUUUAUCAGUUAAUAAUAACAUGCGACAAUCACAACAAUCAUUGCAUCAUCAUACAAAGGUUGAUAUUGUCGUGACUGAUGAACAAGGACUCCGUGAGAAGCAGGAUGAUUGA